AUGGCUUUGAGCGCAGAAAACGUGUCGAAGCGUGGCAUUCCCGAGGUUAAGGUCUUGGAGGAUGUAGAGGCGUAUUUGAAACGUGAAGGUAAUAUAACGGUGGAUGAAGGAGUGAAGCGAAUCGAGAAGACGUAUCGAACGUAUAAAUUUGUGGAGCAGCAGAUUUUGACUGAGAAAGCG